AUGAAAAGGUAUCGAACCCGCUAUUACGUGGACGAGCUUCCUUCAAACAUCCCUCACAAUACAAUUAAAAAGGAUAGAGAUAAACGUACGGUUACCAUUGAUUCUACUGCCACGAUGAGUCUGUUUGAAUCGAUACAGUCUCGUUUAGAUAGCCCAGUGAUUCCUUGGAAGGGUAUCAUUGCAGGUAUUUCUGUUGCUCAAUUCGCCUUCGAAACUUAUUUGACCUACAGACAGUACCGUGUACUGAAGAGUAAAAAACUACCAGCCGCAUUGGAAAAUGAGAUUGAUAAUGAAACUUUUGUGAAAUCUACUGCUUAUUCGAGAGCUAAGGCUAAAUUCUCUGUUGUUUCUGAGGCGUUUAAUCUUGUUCAAAAAUUGGUGGCUAUUAAAUUCGAUGUUAUGCCCAGAUUGUGGAAUUUUGGUGUACAUCUCUCGCAAUUCAUCUUGCCAACUAGAUGGGCUGCCGUUAGUAGUGUUGCGCAAUCGCUUUGGUUUUUGAGUGUUAUUUCUAAUUUUUCUACAAUUAUCGAUUUGCCACUUUCAUACUACCAACAUUUCGUUCUAGAGGAAAAGUUUGGAUUUAACAAAUUGACUAAACAAUUAUGGAUCGUUGAUACUUUGAAAGGUUUGGCAUUGGGACAUGCACUUGGUGGACCCAUUCUCUAUGGUUUUUUGAAGAUUUUUGAAAGAUUUGAAACUAAUUUCUUAUGGUACAUCUGUGGAUUCAUCUUUUUAGUGCAAAUUUUGGUGAUUACCUUGAUUCCUGUGUUCAUUAUGCCACUAUUCAACAAGUUUACACCUUUAGAAGAUGGUCCAUUGAAAAAAUCGAUCGAGGAUUUGGCAUUCAAAUUGGGAUUUCCACUAGACAAAAUCUUUGUUGUUGAUGGUUCUAAACGUUCCUCUCAUUCAAAUGCAUAUUUUACUGGUUUACCCUUUACUAGUAAACGUAUUGUACUUUAUGAUACUUUGGUCAAUGAGAGUUCAGUGGAAGAAAUUACGGCAGUGCUGGCACAUGAAAUUGGUCAUUGGCAAAAGAACCACAUCGUCAACAUGGUUGUAUUGAGUCAAGUUCAUACUUUUGCAUUAUUCUCAUUGUUCAGCGCAGUUUAUAGAAACUUGUCACUUUACAAUUCAUUUGGAUUCUUCUUGGGUGUGCCCAGUGGAGAUUUACUCUCAAGUUCAAAGCAAGUCUUUACACCCGACUUCCCUAUCAUGAUUGGCUUACAAUUGUUUAAUGAUUUAUUGGCCCCAAUGGAAUGCGUGAUGCAAUUCUUACUCUCAUUGAUUUCCAGAUUGCAUGAAUACCAAGCAGAUGCAUUUGCCAAGGGAUUGGGUUACACGCAGUAUUUGGCACAAGCUCUAAUUAACCUACAGAUAAAGAACUUGUCCACAAUGAAUGUAGACCCAUUGUACUCGGCAUACCACUACUCUCACCCAACUCUAGCCGAACGUUUAACCGCAUUGGGCUUCGUAAGUCGCAAGAAGGCAGAGUGA